AUGGAGAAUGUUGAAGAACCAUCCCCGCCCCCGCCCCCGCUCCCGCCGCCAGCCGAGGCCGAACCCGUUGCGACCGUGGAGAGCUCGGAUAUGUCCAGCUCCGAAGAACAUGAUCCCUCCGAACGAAAGGUUGCCCCUCACAUCGUCGUGCGGUUGAUUCAGUGCUAUCGCUGCUCGAAACCCCUGCGCGCCCCAUGCCGAUUACCGUGCGGGAAUACUGUAUGUCGGGAAUGUUUGCCACCCGUCCGACCGCGCACGGGGAUCACGUACCCCGUGGCGCAGGGUAGAGAAGAGGGAUUUACAUGUUACUGGGAAGGUCAAGAUGGCUGCGUUGGCGAACAUUGCGUUGGAGACUGCGGUACUGAUGUGGUACUUUGCUUCGUGGUUGGGAUCUUCCAAGAGGAAUUGAUGGCGAGGCAGGAUGCCCGGAAUGCGCGCGAUGCGGAUGGCCGGGCUAUCUGUUGGAGGAAAGGUUCAAAAGAUUCAGAGCCUGCUUCAGAACAACAGAGCCUUCAUAUAGGUCAGCGGACAUGGCUCCAUGGCUUAUAUCAGGCGGUUUAUGAGGGCGACUUCCCUUACGAUGCCGUUGAUGUUGGUUAUGAAGAAGCCGGUGGUGAUUCUGGUGGAGCGUCGCUACCUCAAGCAUAUACCGAGGAAGAUCGCAGCUGCUUCCAACAAUUCAAGGAAAAGCUUCGGUGCGAACUAGACUGCCAGGUCUGCUAUGCUCUUAUACUUGAUCCUUUGACCUUGCCCUGUGGCCAUACCUUCUGUCGAACAUGUAUUGCUCGAGUGCUGGAUCACUCCGAUCUUUGUCCGAUAUGCCGCCGCAAACUUGGAAUGCCCACGUCCAUGCAAAAUGAGCCUAGAAACUGGGUACUCUCAAAGCUGAUUGACGAACUUUUCGCGGACCAGGUCGCAGCUAGGAGAGAAGCUGUCGCCCAAGAUGAACUGGGUGUGGACCAAGAUAAAAAGUUGCCGCUAUUCGUUUGCACUUUGUCAUUUCCUACCAUGCCAACAUUUUUGCACAUCUUUGAACCUCGAUAUCGACUUAUGAUACGGCGAGUUGUUGAGAGUGGGGAUGGCAAGUUUGGCAUGGUCAUGUAUAACCGCCGGGGCCGGCCACAAGCAGAUGAAAUCGGUGGUGUUCCAUUUAUGCAGUAUGGAACAUUGCUAAUGGUUGAGCGCUACGAGUUGUUGCCAGAUGGGCGCAGCCUUGUCAUUGCCACCGGAGUAUCACGAUUCAAAGUGCUGGAGGCCGGCAUGCUCGAUGGAUAUCAUGUGGCUAGAACUGAGCGCAUGGAUGAUAUCUCUUUAGCAGAAGAGGAAAGACUCGAGGCAAUGGAGACAGCGGCAAAUGCAAAUUUAGAUCCAUCCCCGGAUGGACUUGAUGUCGAAGCCCCAUUAGAGUCGAUGUCAACUCAAGAUCUGAUGCUGCUGACGCGGGAAUUCAUUCGUAAACAGCGCCAAACAGGCGCCCCGUGGCUACACCCGCGCGUUAUGUUAGCUUAUGGACCUGUUCCCACGGAUGCCGCCCGAUUUCCAUGGUGGUUCGCCAGUAUUCUACCCAUCGCCGAAGAGGAAAAGUAUCCCAUUCUGUCCGCGAUGAGCGUUAGGGAGCGACUGAAGAUCUGUGCGCGAUGGGCAAGGGAACUGGAGGCCCUAUCUUUCGGUGGCUCAACGCCUUUUCAGGAGACUAUACGACAGACAAGCAACCCCGAAGAACAACCAAGCACCAACGCAGAGAACUCAUCCCAGACUUAUAUCCCACAAACCCUCGUCAUGGGUGCGUUCCUGGCGAUAUUCCUUGCCCAGGUGGGUGUCAAUUUCCUACAGGUCCAACGCACAGGACGACGCCAGAGAAGACAGGCAAUGGAAUUACAGUUCCCACAACCUAUUCCUCCACAAACUCGGCCGCGAACAUGA